GCGCGUUAAACGCUCUGCCGAGUGGCACCUGUUGCGUUCAAAGAGAAACCGGGAGGACGAUGGUGCUGCUGUCUUUCUGCUCGGAGGUUCUUUCAACAGCUAAAGAGUUUACCACGUCCUGACUGAACACACACACACACCUUACACACAUCCACGGACGCACGCGCGAUCAGGAAAUAAUAAGUUUACCGGUCACGCGCACUGACUGACGUCCACGUCCAGCCUUCAGGAUGCGCCUGAGACGUCGUGUCUCGCCGCUGAAGCUGGCCAUGCUGGGCGGUGCUUUCUUCAUGCUGGCCCUUGUGUUGCUUCAGAGAGAUGUGGGUGAUGGUGCUCAAGAUCCCUGGUUCCAGGACUUAUCCAACCGCAAAGAUCGGAUGUUGGAAUUAGUUCGUGGUGCCGUCAACAACCUGGCCUUCCAGAUUCCAGGCCAACCAGGCACUCCAGAGCUCCCUGCAGAAGAGAAAGUAGAGAAAAUGUGCCCCCCAGGCUUCUACACCCAAACUGAUCUCAAACCGUUGUUCGAAAGGCCUGUGCAGGAUCCGAAGAGCAAGGGUGCUGGAGGGGACGGGUUCCAGGAGGACACUCUCACUCCAGAGGAAGUGAAGGAGAAAGAAGAAGGCAUGACCAGGCACUGCUUUAACCAGUUUGCUAGUGAUCGUAUCUCCCUGCACCGCAGCCUUGGAGAAGACACACGGCCACCAGAGUGUGUGGAGCGUAAAUUUCACCGGUGUCCGCCCCUUCCCAACACCAGCGUGAUCAUCGUGUUCCACAACGAGGCCUGGUCCACCCUGCUGCGCACCGUCUACAGCGUGCUGUACACCACCCCGGCUGCCCUGCUGCGAGAAAUCAUAUUGGUGGAUGACGCAAGCACGGCAGGUCACCUGCAUUCUGAGCUGGAUGAGCAUGUAAAGCUGCUGAAGGUGGUUAAAAUCGUGCGUCAGGAGGAGAGGAAGGGACUCAUCACGGCCCGGCUGCUGGGAGCCAGUCACGCUCAGGGCGAGAUCCUCACCUUCCUCGAUGCUCACUGCGAGUGUUUCCAUGGUUGGCUUGAGCCGCUAAUCGCUCGAAUUGUGGAAGAGCCGAAGGCUGUCGUGAGCCCGGAAAUCACCACCAUCGACUUAAACACGUUCAGGUUUAACAAGCCUGUGGCCACUGCACGUGCUCACAACCGUGGGAACUUUGACUGGAGCCUGACGUUUGGCUGGGAAGCAAUUCCUCACUACGAGCAGGCAAAACGCAAAGAUGAGACAUACCCUGUCAAAACACCAACCUUUGCUGGCGGUUUGUUCUCCAUUUCCAAAGCCUAUUUUGAGGAAAUCGGGACCUAUGACGACAAAAUGGAAAUCUGGGGUGGCGAGAACAUAGAGAUGUCCUUCCGGGUGUGGCAAUGCGGAGGCCAGCUGGAGAUCAUCCCCUGCUCUGUGGUCGGGCACGUCUUCCGCACCAAAAGUCCGCACACUUUCCCCAAAGGAACCGAAGUCAUCACGCGUAACCAGGUCCGCUUGGCUGAGGUGUGGAUGGACGAUUUUAAACAAAUUUAUUACCGCCGCAACCAGAAUGCAGCCAGGAUGGCAAAAGAGAAAAACUAUGGUGAUAUCACGGAUAGGCUGAACCUCCGAGAAAAUUUACGCUGCAAGAACUUUACCUGGUAUUUGAAAAACGUCUAUCCAGAAGCUUUUAUUCCCGAUCUUAACCCUACUCAUUACGGCGCACUCAAAAACAUGGGGUCUCAGAGCUGUCUGGAUGUGGGAGAGAAUAAUAACGGGGGAAAGCCUGUGAUUAUGUAUGUAUGCCACAACAUGGGAGGAAAUCAGUACUUUGAAUACUCAACACACCAGGAGCUUAGGCACAACUUGGGCAAACAGUUGUGUCUGCAUGCCACCACAUACCCUGACCAAGUGAAGAUCGAGCUGUGCCAGCUGAAGGGUCGUGGUACCAGCAUCGCACCUGAACAGGAGUGGAUCUUCACUGAGGAGCAGUUAGUAAAAAAUCCUCCCUCAGGUAAGUGCCUGGACUUGAAGAACGACAAGAUAGUCAUGAGCAACUGUGACUCAAGAGACAUGAAUCAGCACUGGGUGUUAAGCUGAUCUCCAUCUACUGUAUGUUGAAAUGUUUUGGAAGUCACACUGGAAUCCCGCCAGAAGGACAGACAAAACUUAGGCUUGUGUGCUGUGAAGCACACUGGAGCUCACACCUCACCCAUCUGUGUGAACUGAUAGCAUGUUGGGUCAUUUAUUUCUAUUCAGUGGACCAAACUUUAAAGAAAAAAAAACCCAACUGUUAUGAAUGUCAUUUGACUCAGGAAUGUGAGUGGAAGCACCUUCUAUAAAAACUGAGGAACUGUGGGACAGAAAGAUCAGACUGCAGUAUUGUUUACAUGUGCUCACCAAAAAUAUGCUUUUCAGCCUACUAAAUGCUACUUUUAAAGAUUUUAUUUAUGUUUUUAAAACUGUCUAGGUAUUUUUUAUUUUUUCAAUUUUAUUCAAAGGCGGAUGAGGCCGCCUUUUAUUUUGCCAAUAAAUCAUGGUACAUGUUAUUUUAUCAUAAAAUCAUUCUGUUUUACUGCUACAAGUCAAACUCCGGUUGGGUGUUUCAUCAGGAAAGAUUUUUUUAGUUAAGUCAAAGAUUAUGGUACUCCAGUCUUACUCAACUUCCUAAUACGUUCAAUUUAAGUUAUACGACCACGAUUGUGAACCAGCUCUAAGACUAUUAAGUGAACACAUGAAACGAAUACUUUUUUGUCCUUGAUCUAAUUAAAGCUUUCUUGUGACUUUUCAAUCUA